UUAUUAUCGCAAAAUGCUAAUCUAUGUAAUAAACUUUAGUAUACUCGUAAUUUCAAACGUUUAAGUAUUAAUUCUAUUGACGUAACAAGGACCAUAUCAGAAAAAUAAGUGAGAAAAGCGUAGAAAACAACUUGUGAUUACAGGAAUUUUUGUGUUUACCUGUGAAAAUCAUGAGCCACUGUUGUUCUUCGGGCUGUCGUUGCUCUCCCAAGCAUCACAAGCAUCAUCCACCACGUCAUCAUAUAUCCACGGCGGAUAAAAUUGCAACUGGAGCAGUUGUGGGAGGUAUCGUCGGAACAUUAGUGGGAACAGCAGUUCACAAUGCUAUAAAACAGAGCAAGAAAGAAAAAAAUAGGGUCAUACCACCGUCUCCUGUUGGUCCACCUCCACCAUAUACCCUUCAUCAGCCAAAUGUUCCACCUCCACCACCACCAAGUUUUCAGCAUAGUGGAGCUCCACCUAUAUCGCAGUAUAAUCCUCCGCCGCCUAUAUAUCCGGAUUUACCGCAGCAACCCUAUCAUAAAAAUCCAGGUUUGCAAUACGGUGUGGAGGUUCCAGUUUGCAAUGCAGGAAAUCCAGGGUUGCAAUACUGUGUGGAGGUUCCAGUUUAUAAUGCAGGACAUUGUGGUUGCGGGUCAGGGCAAGCAAGAUGUUAUCCAAAACCACCUCGACAUGGAUUACCUCCAUGUAGACAUGGCUAUUUAAUCCAUGGAUGCCAACAUUGUGAAGGAUGGAAGUGGAACUAAUUGGAUAGUUACCACAAA